UGACAAUGCGCGUGGCGAGUUACAACGUCGCCGGCUGAUAUCGCUUGGACAACAAAAGCCACCAUCACCUGCGCACCGCACACCGUCAGACGAUGUCGUGCCCUGGCUGCUGUCACAGACUGCGCGGGUAUCUGUGCUGCUUCCAUAAUGCUACACCCGGCAAAACCCACGUCGUCAGUACACCUGAGACUGAUGGUCAAACCUAUCUCGGAGACAAACGUCCACCGGGUAACGACUCUGAAGUCAUCACACAUCCACCUCCUCCCUUGCCUAAGCAAAUCUCAUCACCCGUUGAUCGCAGGGGGUCUUACAGAAAUACUUGUUUCUCACCUAGCAGUGAAGAUAGCGAUGACGAUGAUGAAGACGAUGAAGACGAUGAUCAAGACAGUGUUGACGGCGAGAAGAUUUUCGUUGCUGUUCACAACUACGACGCGAGGGCUCAUGUCGACCUGAGCUUCAGGAAGGGGCAGCGCUUCCACAUCGUCCAAGAGACCAACGCGGACUGGUGGCUGGCUCGGCCAGAGGGCGACACGGAGCAGCAGGGCUUCAUCCCGGCCAACUACAUCGCCCCCGCGCUCAGCCUCAAGGCCAUGCCGUGGUUCUUUGGGCAGAUGCAGAGAGAGGAGUCGGAGCAGCUGUUGAUGAAGAAGCCCGAAGAGCAAGGGCGCUUCCUCAUCCGCAAUGCCCGCACGCUGCCCAACACCUACGUGCUCUCUGUGCUCAAGCAGGACGAGGUGAUUCACGUCAAAAUCAACCGUUUUGACGAUGGAGAAUUCGGCUUCACCAAAGAUGCAACCUUCCCCUCUGUUGAGAAUCUGGUGGAGCAUCACUCCGCGCAUGACAACCAGCAGAUUGGUCUACUGACCGAGCCUUGCGAGAAGGAGUCGGCGCCGCCCAUCUCGGACCUCAGCGUGGAGCUCAUGAACACGUGGCACGUUCCUCGAUCCUCCAUCAAGAUGGGGAAUAUGAUCGGCAGGGGCAACUUCGGCGAGGUGUACGAGGGCCGAUGGAACGACACCACGGACGUCGCGAUCAAGAUCGUGCGCACGAAUUCCAGCUUUGACACGUUUAUGAAGGAGGUGAAAACCAUGAUCUCCUUCAAGCAUGAGAACGUCCUCCAGAUCUAUGCCGUGUGUAAGGAGAAGUGGCCCUACUGGAUCGUCACCGAGCUGGUGCCGUACGGAAACAUGCUGCAAUACCUGGCUCGCUUUGGACACGAACUGAGCGAGGUCGAGAAGCUGUACAUGGCGUUCGGGAUAGCAAGUGGCAUGGCCUACCUGAGUAAGAAGAGGUGCAUCCAUUGCGACCUGGCGGCCCGAAACAUCCUGAUGGGACAAGACAAGAUCUGCAAGGUGGCCGACUUUGGACUGUCCCACAAACUAAAGGAGGAGUACUAUGAUGCCACAGGCCAUGUCGUCCCCUACCAGUGGAUGGCUCCCGAGGUCUUGAUUCAGUUGAAGUUCACGCGCAAGUCGGACGUGUGGUCGUUCGGAGUGCUUCUCUACGAACUGUUCACCGAUGGCAAGCAUCCGUAUGGAGAGAUGGAUAAGCAGCAAGUACAGGAUCUGAUCAACUGUGGCAGAAGGCUGGAGAAGCCCGAAGGAUGCCCCGAUGUGGUGUACCACAUCAUGCUGCGCUGCUGGAACCGCGAGCAUCGGGAGCGACCGUCGUUCUCCAAGCUCAGGGGGGAGUUGCUCACCAUGUGUCUGGAGGACGAGAGUCUAGAGGGGCUGUAGGGACGCCGCACGGCCGACUUGUAGUUUGGGCGCCGUGCCGCAUUAAAAGACAAUACUUAUUCACGGUUGAGACAAAUACAAAUCCGAACUGCCAAUGUGGGUCAUUCAGAUCUUGGAUCGGUUUCAUAUUCUCUGCACGAGUGUGAAAAGGGAAUUUUGAAGUGAGGAUUUCCAAACGUUUUGGAAAUUUUUACGUUUCGUGGUUGUGAGGUCAUAGGUCAAAAUCGCCUUCACAGAAAACCUGGGGGAUGGCAACGUCCAAAUCAAAUCACAGACGGAGGUCACGUGACCUAUAGGCCGAGAUUUCUCCGUCAACCAAUUAUCCUCGUUGUUGGUCUGUGCAGUUGGCUGUUGGUAGUCAAUGCAGCAGCUGCUGCUGCUGCCCAUUGGCAAUAGAGGUGACCGCAUAACUGACUCUCGUUUUGCAGGUGAAAAAGAUUGGCUAAUUUAUGCAGGACUUUACUUAUUUAAGGAUUGGUUGAAGUAUACAAAUUUGUGGCAUAACUACGUCAUAUUUUCUGGAUAACACACUUUCUAUAGUUUAAUCUCACUCAGGGGAAGUGCGUGGUUUGUUAUUUGGCACCUUAAUAAGGAUAUUGUAUUACAAUUAUGAUUAUUUUUCGUGGUGAUGAAUUGUUUUAAUCACUAAUACUAACAUUUACAUAACUUCCUUGGACUACGAAGCUAGUCCAAGGAAGUUCUAUAACUGUAUAUACGGUGUACAAUUCUUGUGUUGCCUGUAUGUGUGUGUGUGCACCACUUUGAACAACCCAAGUCCAAGUCGACAUUGUUCAAGCUACUGGACAAGUAUCGAUUGCAAGCGCAGCUGCGUGUGGAUGUGCAGAUGGGUGAGGGCGUCACAAGGGCCAUGCUUGCGGGGACUACAGCGUGGAUUGAGCUUGAGUCCACAACGACAGAGAUCCCCGGUGUAGGCUUCAAAUCAAAUCAAACUUUACUGAUACAGCGCAAUUCGUGCAAAGAAUGCAACACAAAGUUAUUUACAGGACUGAAUGAAUAUGGAGCGACUGACACAAUGUAAACAACAAUAAGAAUGAUAUGUAAAAAUGUACAUGCAUAAUCAACUAGUGUAACCAAAUGCAAAAAAAACGUAAUAAAAGCAUCCUAAAUUUUGAUUUAAAGCUUUCGUGACUGCAGGGAUUCAUAUUCUUGGUUCUUUCGGUAAAGUCACGUAGAAGGGAAACAAUAAAAUAAUAAAAAUAUAAAACAAUACAAUUCUCACGACGUUUCGACUGCAACACAAACAAUCAUCAGGUGUGAAAAACACAGCAAGACAAAUGAUGAUUGCUUGUAUUGCAGUCGAAACAUCGUGAGAAUUGUAUUGUUUUACAUUUUUAUUACUUUAUUGUUUCCCUUCUACGUGACUUUACCGAAAGAACCAAGAAUAUAAAAAGCAUCCUAAUUAAAAUAGAAUCUAAGAAGGUAUUUUAAAGAUUUAGUUACCAAACAACCACUGAUUCGGAUCUCCUCCGGCGAGGCUGUUCCCAAGGCGAGGCCCAUCGAAGCGUCCGGCUGCCUCACCAUCGGCCUUGGUUCUCGCCUUUGGCAUCACCAAGAGAACAGCCCAAGAGCAUCGACUCGGUUCAUACCUCAAAAACUCGUCAGACGUAUUCAGGUGCCAGUCCAUUUAGUGACCUUAAAGCAAGAAAAUUAUCUUGAAAUGAAUUCUAAAGCUGCGAGGCAGCCAGUGUAGAGACUCGAACAAAGGUGUAAUGUGCGCGGUUCUCCUUCAGGUCUUGGGCAGCACUCGUGCUGCACCAUUCUGAAUGAGUCGCCGUUGACCUGCUGCUUCAUUAGGAAGACCAGACAGGAGAUAAUGCAGUAGUCAAGUCUGCGGGUGAUGCAAGCAUGCAUUAGUCGCUCAGCAAUGACACGAGCAUUUCUAAUGUGGGCUUCAAAGUUCAAAUCCGGGGCUAAAAGCACACCUACGUUUUUAACCUCGUGUUUGGCGUUUUGUGCCAGCGAGAUUAAACUUGUGAGCACUUUC